AUGGCUGACGAAACCAGAAUAUCGCCGUAUAACGUCUCUGACUGCAAGAACACAACCGACGAUGCCCUGCAAAACUACCUGAACGGCCUCAAGUUCCGCCAGUCCCACUGGUACACCGACGUAAAGCUCGCUCUUGGAUACACCGCUGUCAUCAUUGCUGCCAUCACCUUCGCUUUGGACUACAAAUAUGGCUUCGAAGCUACAAAACAAUUCACCACUUGGGCCGUCGUCGUCUACUUUCUCCUGAACGGUGCCUUUACCUACUGGAUCUGGCAGGUCGAGAACGGUCUCAUCUACGUCGGUGCUUGGAAAGGUCGCAAGAUUACCAUCUCCACCCGCACAGACAAGUUCGAUCCUACCUACAAACUUAGCGUCACAUACCACCCUUCGUCACUCAAUACUAUUCCUCCCGUCAGCAAGGAAAUUUCGGCUCCUUUCAUGCAGUGGUUCACCGCCGAUGGCUUCUUCGUUGCUGCUCCUUUCCAACAAUGGCUUGCCACAAACAUCGAUAUGGUUGGCGACGCAGAUCCCAAGAAUGUCAUCGACAAAGCUGCCGGCGUAGUGACUGCUCAGUCGGUUCAACCUGAUGGCCUCAAGGAUCUUGUGAACGUCAUCAAGACCGGUCCUCCUCCUGCUGCCGCUCCUAGGAAGAGGGGUUAG